AUGAUUCCUAAACAUUGCUGAUUGCUUCGUAAAAGUUUCUCACUUUCUUCAUCUACAAUUUGCAAUUAUUACGCAAAAACUUUCACCUUUAUUAAUUUGGUGAGCCAAGGAGAAAGUAGAAUUGUGUGUUAGUGCUUGUUGUAGAUAGGUGAAAUAAUAAAAGUACGUUCUUGUAAACUUGAUUACACAAAAUUGUUCUGUUCUGUUUUAAACUGAAUAUUAUUGUCCUAUAGUUCAGAACACCGGCCUGUGUAUAUGGGACAAGUUACAUAGUCUAGUUUUGUUACAUAUGACACAACACACUCACCGGUCCAGUUCAUGUGUUUGAAUUUGAAGUCGAACGAUUAGUCAUCUAUAUUGUUGAUAAAACAAAAAUGCAAAAACCUCAAAAGGACAAAGUUUGUGCAGAAUUUUGCGCCCGUUUCCCUUCUUAUCGCACCGAUAUCCAAAACACGGAGCGAUUAGGAUUUAUGCUUAAUCAUCCGCUCAUCAGAUCCAAGUUAAAUGAGUGGAUCGGAGCCGAUAACAAAACUCAACCUGAACUAAUGUCCAAGAAGAAGAAGGAGAAGAAGACAAAUGUUAACAACCAAUUUAUUGACACAGAUGAAUCAAACAGUCCUCUUCCAUCACCACCUACCCAUUCCACUAACACUAACCAAUAUCUUAAAAAUCCAAUCAAAUCCAAACAUCAACGAGAACUAGGAAAUGAAUUGUUCAAAAAUAAGAAAUUGCAUAAAAGUCUUGAAGCCUAUAAUGAAGCUGUACGAUUUGCCCCAUUUUAUCGACCUCCUCCCACUUCUUCUACCCAAAAUGAUGGGAAGAAUAAUGACGCUGAAGAGGAGUUGGACACUCUCCUUGCAUUAUCACUCGCUAAUCGCAGCGCUGUUUACUUUGAGCUCGGUGAAUCUUUUCAUGAAAAAUCUCUUGCUGAUGUCGACCUCGCGUUAAAAUAUGGAUAUCCUGACCGACUAAAAAGUAAACUCUUGCUGAGGAAAGCUAAUAUUUAUGUUACGAGUAAGCAAUGGAGUCGGGCUGAGUCAAUUAUCGAAGAAAUCCGAAAAAGUGAUGAUGAUCCUGCUACAUAUAAACUUAACAUUGACAGAAUAAAUGGACUUUCUGACCAGAUUCAUAAAAAUAUAAGUCACCCAAAUAGUGAGAAAGAAAUAGACUUCCCUGAUGUGACCCUAUUUCACAACAAUGAGAAUUUUGAAAAUGCAUCGACCGGGGUUAAGCUUAGUUAUUCUGAAGAUUCAAAAAGAUUCGUUGUGGCUGUAACGGAUUUGAAAAAGAAGGACAUUAUGUUUAAUGAAACACCUUUUGCUUCGGUGCUCCUGCCACAGUUUUACGAAUCACAUUGUCAUAAUUGCCAUAAAAUGCUGGAACACUCCCAUUUCAUUCCAUGUAAACAGUGCACCCAAUGCAAAUUCUGUUCGGAACCGUGUGCAAAGAAUGCAUGGAAUGUGUACCAUAAAUACGAAUGCCUGUCACUGGAUCUCCUUCACUCUGUCGGAAUAGCACAUCUUGCGGUUCGCAUUAUUUUCUGCGCUGGAUUGCAAAAUAUCCUUGUUGCCGUUCGCAAGCAUGACAAUCUGAAAGACCCCAAAAAUAUUUCGAUAUUUCAAAUAGGUUUAAAUUCAAAUUAUGAAAGAGUGUACUCACUUCUGGACCACUUGGUUGAUAUGAACCCUGAAGACGUAUUUCAAUACACGCUGACUGCUGGACUGCUCACAAAUUGGAUUGUGAACAAGACAUCAUUUUUCGAGGAGCAUGAGGCAUGUCAAGAGGGAAACUAUUCGGAAACACAAGUAACAGUGGGUGCUUCCAUGCUUCAUCAUAUAUCACAGUUGAUAUGUAAUGCUCACGCAAUUACAGAUAUUCUUUGUGACGUCAACGUCAACAAAAUAUCCUUAUCCACUGCGGACGAGUCUCAACAACGCAUUGCUACAGCUAUAUAUCCAUCAGCAAGUAUGAUGAACCAUUCAUGCGAGCCAAAUAUUUCGUUUACUUUUAACAAUGGCAGAGUACUGCUGGUCAAGGUAACAAAGGACGUCUCCAAAGGACAGGAAAUAUUUAAUUGCUACGGACCACAUUGGAGGAGAAUGUCAUGCCAGUUAAGACUGGAAUCUCUUGACGAUCAAUACUUUUUUAAAUGCAAAUGUUUUCAUUGUACUGAAGAAUUUGCAAGAAAUAUUUCAUUUGUUGAUAAAUUCACUAGUUUUAAAUGCGAUGAAUGUGAAGGGCCCGUUCCAAGUCCGGAUGGAGACAACCAACAAUUCGUUAGUUCGUGUCAAACAUGUGGACAUGAGAUGGACCUACAUGAUCAAGUACUUGCUUGCAUGUACACUGAUCGACUUGUUCAAGACGCCGAAGUUCUAUUGGGUCGUGGAAAUGUUAAGCAAGCUCUGGACAUAUUCGACACCUGCGAAGAUCAAUAUAGUGGUUUCCUAUACAAGUAUCAUUCCAGCUUCGGUCAAUUGGCUGACAUUAUUGCACGCUGUUAUGCAAUUCUAGGGGAAUUUUCAAAGGCUGCUGAAUUCGUUAAGAAAAGUUUGAUAUAUGUUGAACAACGAUUUGGCAUAGAAUCCUUCGAGUACGGCCGAGAAGUAAAAAAAUAUGUGGACCUUCGUUCUCAGUCCAAUGUGGAUGUUGAAUGCCAAGAUGAUGAAUUAAAUAGACUCACAGAGUUGUACAAGUCAAUAUUAUUGGAUCAAUGAAUGAAUGAAUAAAUACUUGUAUAUUUAUUGCUUUACAUUCCAUUGAGAAA